CGCACUGAUCGUUGGUCCUCUCUAAAUUCUCUCCCUCUCUUUCCUCAAACCUUUCUCCUUGACCAAAAGAGCAAAAUCAAACAAUGCCCAAAUGCUUCUACUCUCCUUCUUCACAAACCCCUGCUCCAAAUCUAUCCUGAAAAUCAUUCAAAUUGAUUCCUUCUAUUAGUUUCCCGGGAAAUCGAGAUUUGGUUCAUUGCCCAUUGUCACCUAUCUUGGUUCCCAUUUUCGUGGUUUUCCUCAAUCUUAUGUUGAAAUCCAAAUGUUGGAAAGGUGUGGGUUGAGGGAAAAGAUUUAAAUUUUAAUUGUGGAUCUUGGGGAUAAUGACGAAUUUAUAUGGGGAAUUUAAUCAAAAGAUAGAUUAUGUGUUCAAGGUUGUGUUGAUUGGGGAUUCUGCGGUCGGGAAAUCUCAGCUGCUGGCUAGGUUUGCCAGAAAUGAGUUCAGUUUGGAUUCUAAAGCUACAAUUGGCGUUGAAUUCCAAACCAAAACUCUCAUUAUUGAUCAAAAGACAGUUAAGGCUCAAAUUUGGGAUACUGCUGGACAGGAAAGGUAUAGAGCAGUAACAAGUGCAUACUACAGAGGAGCAGUGGGUGCAAUGCUUGUGUAUGACAUGACAAAGCGACAGUCGUUCGACCACAUGGCUAGGUGGCUAGAGGAGCUUAGGGGGCACGCAGACAAGAACAUAGUGAUAAUGUUGAUAGGCAAUAAGUGUGACCUGGGUAGCCUUCGGGCAGUACCGGUUGAGGAUGCUCAAGAAUUCGCUGAAAGAGAGAAUCUCUUUUUCAUGGAAACAUCUGCUUUAGAAGCUACUAAUGUGGAGACUGCGUUUAUGAACAUUCUCACGGAGAUUUAUAGGAUCAUAAGUAAGAAAACGUUAAGUGCAGAUGGCUUGGAUUAUAGCAGACAAGGGACAAUGAAGGGCACUAGGAUUAUUGUUAGCGAUCAAGACUCAAAUUUUGUUGCAAGAACAGGUGGUAGUGGUUGUUGCGGUGGCUGAUCACUACCCUUAACCUAUAAUACUAUAUUCUCCAUUUGCAUCAUAGAAAAUUGAUGUUGUUACUCAAUCUUAUGGUUAGUGAACAGAACAUGAUUUUGUAAAAGGGUAAAAAAGAGAAUAGCGUCGGUUAAUUUAUUCUAGACUCUAAGCUAGUUGUGUUUAUCAUUGUUAUAACUUGCGAUUCUUGUACAAUAUUUGUAUAUAUUCAAAUCACCUAAUAUAAUACUAUUCCAUUGGUGUUCACCAAA